AACUUGAAAAGACAUUGAUUCAUCGCUCCGGCGUGUCCCUUCAUUCCUCGAGAGCCACCACACUCCCCCAGCGGCUCUCCACCGAGUCGGAAGUACUCACCGCCUCGACGACCCCCCAAGGGAAAGUGACCAAGCAAAUCGAGUGUGUCCCUGGGAAAGUGGUGCCUGAGAAGUAAGGAGGCUGGAUUGGGAGAGGACGUCAGUGAAGAGGUGGCACUGUUUGAGGAAAGUGACCAGAUAGUGUCAAGAAGAAGUGGUGUGAUACCGAAAGUGUCAAGAGGAAGUGAUCAGACAGCGGGAGUGUGUUAGAGAAAGUGACCAAGUUUAGUUUUGAGAGGAAAGUAGCAGCGGUACUUUUAAAAGAGGAAAGUGCCAGAUAAGUUAUUUCGAAAGGAAACUAGCUCCAAGAGGAAAGUGCCCAAGGUGAACGCUACUUUCAACAAGGAACUACCGCGAAGGGGAGACAUUUGUAAACCGGAAAUAAUAGAAGGCAAGUACAGUACCAUCAACAAGAAAGUGCCAGACGAUAGAGAUAUUUCAAGAGGAAAAUGUCGAAAGUGCCUGAAGAAAAAUAACUUCAAGGAGAAAGUAUCCGUAGCAGUAACUUCAAAUAAGGAAUGUGUCAAUAGCAACAGUAACAUCAAAGAGAAAGUGGCGUAAAGGUAACACGGAAAUAAUAAAAUCUCCAUGGAAAGUGCCAUAAACAGUAGCACUUCCAAGAGCUCCUUCCCUGUUACUUGCAGCCUGGAGGAUGAGGUGAUGAGUUACAGCUUCAAGACCGUACAAGACUCAAUCGUUUCUUAAAAUUCAUCGAAUUUUUUUUUUUUUUAGUUUAUCUGUUUCGAACGUUUUCCUGGCUUCAGCACUCCAGCAGUGACCAACGUUUUCCUGGCUUCAGCACUCCAGCAGUGACCAACGUUUUCCUGGCUUCAAGAAUCACCCAGCUGUUAAACGUUUGGCCAUCAGCUGAUGGUGGCAGCCAGUGUUUUGAGCCCCCCACGCGUCUUAUCUCUACAGGUGAGACCAACAGGUACCCGUGUGUGUGUGUGUACCAAAACACCUGUUGUUGGUGCUAAGGGACAGACCGAGGUAUUGAGACCAGGAGAUAAGAGAGACCAGAUGUGCGGGAUGGGUCACCUAGCGUGGGUCAUCUGUCUCCUGACGGUGUCGCAGCUGGUGAGGUCUUCGGCCGCCCAAGGGUUCAUCUACACCAAAGACUCCUGCCUCGACCUCGUCCCAAGACACCGAGACACGCUGAAGAUGGACGAGAAGAAGGAAGAGCCCAACCACGUGAAGGAACCGACCGACAACACGACCACCACGACAAACACGACCACCACGAAGCAGCGUCCUCCUGCUGCUCCAGAAGUGACCAUGUACAGCGGGGACGUGCAGGUGAAGGUGAUGACGAGUGAGGACAACUACAGGAGGCUGAAGACACUUGUGGUCACCCUCCAGUCAGCCUCGUACUUCAACGGGUUCAUGCUGCAGGCGAGGAAGGUCUCCGGUAACAAGGAGAUAGUGGGGAGGUUCAUGGAGGUGCCUCACCGGGCGGAGUACCUCACCUGUCCCAACGGCACGGAGAACACGGUGGUGCACCAGGACGCCCCCCUCAGGCUCAGUAACCUCAGCUUCACCUGGAUGGCGCCCGAGACGGAUCUGGGUCCUAUUGAGUUUGUGGCCAGCGUGUUACUCAACUCCGCCACACAGUACAAGGAGUUCAAGUCUGGCCAACUGAAGCUGAGUCUUUAUCCUGUGUCCACGAAGGAAUGCGCCGUGGCCAAGAGUUGCUUCAGGUACUGCAUGAAGAACGGUGGCCACCAGUGUAAGGCCCACAUGUCCAGGUACAUGGCCACUCUCGAGUACAUGGACAAGAAAACCAAAGUGAAGAUUACUAUUGGUGGACAGUUGCCCGAGUCUGACGGGUACUUGGCUCUCGGCUUCAGUAAGGACCGCCAUCGACUGAGUGACGCUGACAUCAACGUGUGUUACCGUGAUGAUGCUGACACAGUGGGCGUGGAACACUACCUCCUGGCUGACAUCAAUCACCCACCCGACCUACACUUGGGGGAGCUGAAGCUGGACUCGAGUGACGUGGACGGUGACUACGUGUGGUGCUCCUUCGUCAGACCUCUCACAGGGCAGGACAACGACCUCCUCAACCUCAAAGACCCCCACUACUACUUCUACUUCUGGGGCAUGAGGAACGCCUCUAACAUCUUCAUGCCAUCAUCCAACCACAUCAAGAGUUCGGGGAGGAUGAUGAGCCUCAAGGACGACCUUUUCAACCAGAUCGCCUACAGUGGGUCGAGGAGUCACCGCCGCGUCCCGUAUACCAUAGUUGCCGCUGCCAUCCUCCUCCUCGGGGUCCAUUUUCUGUGUUGGUGAAGGUACAAGACUCUACGUGGCAGGUCUACCCUGGCUCGCGUCAUCAUCGUGUCCGUUUAUUUAUUUCUCGUGUCUUAUUCCGUGUUUCUUAUUUAUCUCUUCAUCGUUGGGGAGACGUAUGUGGAGUUGAAGGAGGUGUUUUAGUGUAGGUGU